AUGACUACAGCCCAUAGACCAACAUUCGACCCAGCUAGAGGGAAAGAGGCUCAGAGAGGGCCUGCUUACCACCAGCGACUUCUCCCAGCGCAUACUCUUCUCAAAGUCAGACAACCGGGCCAAGGAGGUGCUGCGGAUGCGCAACCGGAGACACGCGACUUGCGCGCCGAGCUCUUGAGAGCUGAAGCUGCCCAUAUCGCCAAAAUUAAGGGUGUGGAUGGAGGAUCAGGGUCGCCUAGCUCUGCUACUGAACCAUCCAUUCCCAAGCGACAGUUAGAAGCCGCCCGGGGCCAGGACGAAAACGCAACCGAAGACCCAGAAGCAAAACGGCGGAGGAUACUAGAGGAGACACGAGAUAUAGAUGCCGAUUCAGACGGGGGAGAUUCGGACAGUAGCGAGGAAGACAGUGACGACGACGAAGAUGAAACCGCAGAACUAAUGCGAGAAUUGGAGAAGAUAAAAAGAGAAAGGGCAGAGCAAAGGGAAAAAGAGGAACAAGAACAAGCGGCAAAGGAACAAGAGCAACGAGAAGUCGACAUCGCUCGAGGGAAUCCGUUACUCAACACGCAAGAUUUCAAUAUUAAACGACGGUGGGAUGACGAUGUUAUCUUCAAAAACCAAGCCCGGGGGACCGAGAAUAAGGGUGACAAAGAAUUUGUUAAUGAUCUACUACGAUCCGACUUCCAUAAGCGAUUCAUGUCUAAGUAUGUUCGGUAA